GAUGUUGUUUUAACACCUGACGACGUAGCUAAUGUACUAAGAACUUUUGAUAAUGACAAAGCUCAUGGCCCAGAUGGGAUUCCUGCCCAUUUACUAACAGAAACUGCAUCUCAAAUAGCUCCAUCUCUAUGUCAAUUGUUUAACAAAUCGUUGCGUAUCGGCGUGGUACCAUCUGAUUGGAAACUCGCUAAUGUUGUUCCUGCUCAUAAAAAAGGAGACCAGGAAUUUGUGGAACAUUAUAGACCUAUAUCUCUGCUCCCUCUGGUUUCGAAAGUUCUGGAACGCUGUGUCUUCAAUACUAUUAAAGAUCAUAUUUUCUGUCGAAUAAAUCCUUGUCAACAUGGUUUCCUUCCCGGGAAAAACUGUGUGACCCAACUUAUCGAAGUUUUUGACAAGAUAGGAAAACAACUAGAUCGUGGCAAACAGAUCGAUGUAAUUUAUUUCGAUAUGUCAAAAGCUUUUGAUAAAGUUAGCCAUAAACGUCUUCUUCUUCGUCUCCGUGAAUUUGGUUUUGGAGGCAACAUUCUCAACUGGUUCCGCUCCUACCUACAAGAUCGUCGUCAACAAACAACCAUCCUCGGUGCAACAUCUUUACCUAGUCAAGUAAUAUCAGGGGUAUCUCAGGGCUCCAUUCUCGGACCGGUGUUAUUUUUGUUAUGUGAAAAUGAUCUCCCUUCUUCUGUGAAGAAUUCAUCCAUUGCAACAUACGCUGAUGACACCAAAAUCUUCAAAGAAAUCCAUAAUAUCGGUGAUGCUGCAUCGUUACAGGAGGACCUGAGUAAUUUUGAAUCAAGUUCUUCAGAUAUGGGUCUUCACUUAAACACUUCCAAAUGUAAAGCUCUGCGGGUCACCGGAAAACAUCGCAAGAUCAAGUAUCCAUACACCUUACAAGAUAGCAUGUUAGAAAACGUUGAAAAUGAGCGUGAUCUCUGCGUAUGGAUAUCAAACAAUUUGACCUGGCGCAAACAGGUAUUGGAACAAUGCUCAAAAGCAAAUAAAAUGUUGGGUUUCAUCAAAAGAUCAACAAGAACAAUCAAGAACUGUAAGGCCCGUCGGACGCUAUAUAUAACACUUGUUCGAUCGCAAAUGGGAUAUGCUACACAAGUUUGGUCUCCGCAAACCAUCGACCUCAUCGCUCGCUUAGAACGCGUACAAAGACGUGCUUCUAAAUACAUUUUAGAUCUACCUUUCCUUUGUGAAAGCAGCUACACCCAAAGGCUUAUUGACUUGGUCUUUCUACCUCUAAGUUAUUGGCAUGAAUAUCUAGACAUGUUAUUUUUCUACAAGGCAAAUUGUGGUAUCAUAUGCCUCUCAGAUACAGUUCUUCCAAAACCGAAUGAAAACUCACGAAUUACAAGAUCAGUGGAUCCGAACUCCAUAAACUUCCAAGUUAGGAAAUGUAAAACCUCUACCUACCAACAGACUUAUACUAUAAGAACAACAAGAAUAUGGAACAUACUACCAGGAUCAAUAACCGAUAAAUCUAACUCUCUAAUAACCUUUAAAAAUCUGUUAAUUAAAUAUUACUAUACCGCAUUAGAUAGGAAUUAUAAUGUGGAUGAUCCUCGGUCGUGGAAAACAAUUUGCCUGAAAUGUAACCAGGCCCGGGACCUAACCAAGUCUAUUGCAUGUUGUUUCUAAAUCAGAUAUGUAUCUAUAUAUACAUAUAUGUGUGUGUGUAUGUUUGUGUAACACUGUACUUGUACGUUUACGUUUUGGGAUCACAGUUAUUGGCUUGAAGCUGUUGUGAUUUCCUGUCACAUUUGUAAUGUUAUAUAUGUAAUGAUUGUUAUUUGUCAUGUAUCCUUGUUGUGAAAAAGCUUGUAAAAUUAAAAUUAUACCAGUCUAAUGAAUUUGAUUAUUCUCGUAAUAAAUUUUUUCAACUUUAGUAAAUUUCAUGUCCGCAUGUGUACGUAUCCGUAUGUCCGCAUGACCGUGUCCGCGUUUUCCACUACACACUUACCUUCACUUAAAUCUACUCUCUCCAACUUUUCAGGCUUAACCAACGUCCCGUUUCUCAUUUCAGUAUCUGAUUGGUAUUUAUACAUCAAAGCCUCGUCACCAAGGCAACCGAACGACACAGCUCGACUGAUCUCACCAUCGACAACACAAGCCAAAUCUUGUCUCCUCUUUUUUUACCACAUGUACGGCAAUCACAUCGGAAAACUUCGGGUAUUUAUUUUUAUUUAUUUAUUUAUUUCUAUUUAUUUUUUAACUUUCCCAAACUUUCUCAGGUGAUCAAGGUCAACACUCAUGCAAUAUACAUAAACCGAAAUUUUACAUUUUACCGUACCCAAGUUAUCCCUGAAUACAUACGCUCUCAAAACACGCCAUAAAAGAACGGAAGAACUCACAAUCAGAAUACAAGAACGGAAGAACUCGCUAUCAGAAUACAAGAACAGCAGAACUCACUAUCAGAAUACAAGAACACAAGAACUCACUAUCAGAAUACAAGAACGGAAGAACUCGCUAUCAGAAUACAAGAACAGCAGAACUCACCAUCAGAAUACAAGAACGGAAGAAGUUCAACAUCAGAAUACAAGAACGGAAGAACUCACUGUCAGAAUACAAAAACAGAAGAACUCACCAUCAGAAUACAAGAACAGAAGAACUUACCAUCAGAAUACAAGAACAGAAGAACUCACUGUCAGAAUACAAGAACGGAAGAACUCACAAUCAGAAUACAAGAACAGCAGAACUCACUAUCAGAAUACAAGAACGGAAGAACUCACUACCAGAAUACAAGAACGGAAGAACUCACCAUCAGAAUACAAGAACAGAAUAACUCACCAUCAGAAUACAAGAACAGAAGAACUCACCAUCAGAAUACAAGAACAGAAUAACUCACCACCAGAAUACAAGAACAGAAGAACUCACCAUCAGAAUACAAGAACGGAAGAACUCAACAUCAGAAUACAAGAACGGAAGAACUCACUAUCAGAAUACAAGAACAGAAGAACUCGCCAUCAGAAUACAAGAACAGAAGAACUCACCAUCAGAAUACAAGAACAGAAGAACUCACUGUCAGAAUACAAGAACGGAAGAACUCACUAUCAGAAUACAAGAACAGCAGAACUCACUAUCAGAAUACAAGAACGGAAGAACUCGCUAUCAGAAUACAAGAACAGAAGAACUCACCAUCAGAAUACAAGAACAGAAGAACUCACUAUCAGAAUACAAGAACGGAAGAACUCACUAUCAGAAUACAAGAACGGAAGAACUCGCUAUCAGAAUACAAGAACAGAAGAACUCACUAUCAGAAUACAAUAACGGAAGAACUCAUUAUCAGAAUACAAUAACGGAAGAACUCGCCAUCAGAAUACAAGAACAGAAGAACUCACCAUCAGAAUACAAUAACGGAAGAACUUACUAUCAGAAUACAAGAACGGAAGAAAUCACUAUCAGAAUACAAGAACAGAAGAACUCACUAUCAGAAUACAAGAACAGCAGAACUCGCCAUCAGAAUACAAGAACGGAAGAACUCACCAUCAGAAUACAAGAACGCAAGAACUCAACAUCAGAAUACAAGAACGGAAGAACUCACCAUCAGAAUACAAGAACAGAAGAACUCACCAUCAGAAUACAAGAACGGAAGAACUCACUAUCAGAAUACAAGAACAGAAGAACUCACUAUCAGAAUACAAGAACAGAAGAACUCACUAUCAGAAUACAAGAACGGAAGAACUCACUAUCCGAAUACAAGAACAGCAGAACUCACUAUCAGAAUACAAGAACGGAAGAACUCACUAUCAGAAUACAAGAACGGAAGUACUCACUAUCAGAAGACAAGAACAGAAGAAUUCACCAUCAGAAUACUAGAACGGAAGAACUCACCAUCAGAAUUCACGCCUUCGAAUACUUGCGGUACUCGGUACAGUAAACUGUAAAGUAUCCCACAUAAACAUAGUAUCGUACAUAAACAUGCCUUAUCGGAGUGAAACCAAAAUCGAAGAUUUUGAAGUGAACCAAACUAUACUAUACUGUAUAUUCUCGAUCUUUGUGGUAUCGAGUACUUUUCAACCUAUCGCAGAAGCUGAAAUAACAUUCAAAACUUGGCCGGCAUCCAUUGGGUAAAUUAUACGGCAGUAUAUAAAUAUUACUUUAUACCAAACACUAUACAGUAUAGUUUAAAUAAUAUCAAUUCCAACUGAUUUCUAUUUUUUGUUCGGAAAAAUGUUUGGCCAAUCUGGCAUUCGAUCGAAAAAACUGUAAUUUGGUCGGAAAACGUCCGACACACAUUCACACACUGAUAAAUAUAUAUGUAUAAUUUUAGGUCUACGUGAAAUCUGGGGGUAAGAUGGAUUCUCUGUGGAGUCUUUCUGGAGACCAAGGUAACGGAUGGUUUCAUGAACGGGUGGCUGUGAACAAUCAAACGGCAUCAUAUCAGGUGAGCAUGUAGAUCAGUGAACACCAAAUAUAACUGAAUCUAAAGAUAGCAGAUAUAGGUGGCCCAGUUGGGUAUAGAAUUAGAAGUACCUGCUUGUUCAGGUGUUCAAAUAUUUCUGAAGUUCAUCGACCAGUUAACAGAAACGACCACGCUUUUCUACUUUUCUUGCAGUUUGUAAUCGAAGGUGUACGAGGUAAUGGUUGGCGGGGCGACAUUGCAAUUGAUGAUAUCUCUGUCAUGGAUUCAUGUCUUCCAAGAGGUGAAUCACUUGCGUACUCAUAGCUAUGUAGGCCGAAGUACCAUCAAUCUUUGACAAAAUAGAGUAGGAAAGCUGCAUCGAGUCCUUCCUGCCACGUAUAGGUUAUAAUGUAUUUUUACGAUUUUAGAAAAGACUAACUUCGGCAGAUAAUAUAUUGAAGGGAAAUUUCGAGUUGAUUUUUUAUACAUUUAUUACACCUAACCAGGUGCAGUUGUGAAAAAUCUAACUACAGGACCUCUGGCAGAACCUGCGGCCCUGCGUUUCCGGUGCACAGGGACGCCGGAACUGGGGGGCAGGGGGGGGGGCAGCUGCCCCUCUUGCCUUUUGCAAGGGGGGCAGAAGUGCCCUUUUAGUUGUAGCCUGCGAAUAUGCUCUCUUUGAACUCUCUUUGAAAUUUGAGAGAGAGCCUGCAGGCCUAGCUAAUAAAAACGCGUCUGUGCGUUGCUUAGAACGACGCAGGGUUUCCCAUUGGUUGAAAUUGAAUUAACUACAGUAUACUGCCAUAAAAGGUAAUUAAAUUUACACAACAAUAGAUUCAAAUCGAAAAAUAUCGUUCUAUAGCGACGAGUUGUAUAGAAAACUAAAUCUUCGUUUGAAGUUAAAGGAUGGACAGUCAAAAGCUCUUAACAAUAUUCUAGACGGAAACGAUGUUUUUGCUGUAUAAGAGAGUUUGGCAAAUACAACGGCAACGUUCUUAUAUCAACAAUAGCAUCUUUACUCUAAGACAAAGGCGACUAUAAUUUGCAUUCUUGAGCAUUCUAGUACGCCGUAGUUGUUUAAACUCAAGUCGUUGCAGUGUUUAUGCGAAUUCACUUACUAUUGCUACUUCAGGAAAUUUCAGGGUUGUUUGAAAGAAAGACAAGUGCUUUUAAUAUUGUAAAAAAUCAUGCGUUGAAAUCAAGAUAUGCGUUUUGUUUACAUAUAUAUUCGCAGGCUAUUGCAUAAGGCUCUGUACAUAAGGCGUGUCUGUAUUAAUUUUGUCACAUUGUAUUUUACAUUUGAUUGACAACACUAUAAAUAGUGAUGGGCACAGACGCAUUUUUAUUGACUAAACCGGCAGGCUCUAAUUCAAUUCAAAGAGCCUGUUCGCAGGCUAUUUUAGUUGUAAAAUACUACCUGAUAAAUCACAUUUCCAGUGAUGCUUUUUCGGGCAAAAUCAUUCAGUGGGACAAUCAUUUUCAGUGGGACAAAUGUACUUGUGAUCUUGACUUUUAAUUGUGUCUUUGUUAGAUAAAUUCUCCUGCGACUUUGAAGAUCCUAACAGUUGCGAAUGGACUCAAGAUAAAAGUGAUGAUUUCGAUUGGACCAGAAAUCAAGCUUCUACACCAACACAACGCAGUGGUCCCACUACAGAUCAUACCAAGGGUUUGGAAAGUGUUAUAUUCUGUUUGCCGAGAUACCAUGCACUACCAUCACUUCAAUAA